UUUUGGAAAAAUAGUAAUGGAUUCAAAUUCAAGAAAACCAGAUAAGCCUCAUGUCGUAUUCCUUCCCUUUCCAGCCCAGGGCCACAUUAAACCAUUGCUAAAAGUAGCAAAGCUCCUCCAUUACAGAGGUUUCCACAUAACCUUUGUAAACACAGAGUUCAACCACAAACGAUUUCUCAAAUCUCUCGGUCCAAACUCUCUCGAUGGCUUGCCGGAUUUUCGAUUCGAAACCAUUCCCGAUGGCCUCCCACCUUCAGAUGACGAUGCUACACAACACGCCCCUUCCCUUUGCGAUGCCAUUAGAAAAAAAUUAAGCUUGCCUCCAUUUCUUGACCUCCUUAAAAAGCUUAAUCCACCUGUCACUUGCAUCUUCUCCGAUUGGCUCAUGCUCUACUCCGUCGAAGCUGCUGAACAACUUGGUGUUCCUGUGAUCAUGUUUGUUAGCUUCGCUGCAUGUGUUUUCAUGGCAAUCAGUCACUAUCCAGCUCUUGUUCAUAGAGAAUUUGCCCCGCUAAAAGAUGAGGAGUGUUUAACAAAUGGGUUUCUGGACACCGUCAUAGAUUGGAUACCAGGAAUAAAAGAAAUCCGUCUGAAGGAUCUCCCAACCUUUUUUCGAACAACAAAUCCGGAAGACAGCUUGUUCAACAAUAUGAUGGAAGCAGCUGCGAUAAGUCAUAAAGCUUCAGCAGUUGUUAUUCCCAGUUUCGAAGAGUUAGAGCCGGAUGUUUUAGACGUCAUGAAAUCAUCAAUGAAGUCUCUAAACGUUUAUACGAUUGGACCUCUCCAACUUCUCCUGAACAAUGUACCAGAAGACAUGAAUUCCAAGCACAUCGAAGACAGUCUUUGGAAGGAAGAAAAAGAGUGCCUCCAAUGGCUGGAUACAAAGCCACCGAACUCAGUUGUGUAUGUUAAUUUCGGAAGCUUCGUAGUGCUUACGCCGCAACAACUGGUUGAGUUCGGUAUGGGACUUGUAAAUAGCAACCAAGCGUUCUUGUGGAUAAUUAGGCCGGAUUUGGUUGCCGGUGAAUCGGCGGUUUCGACGGCUGAGUUUGUGAGAGAGUUAGCCAAUAAAGAAAGGGGUUUGAUAGCAAGUUGGUGUCCACAAGAGCAAGUUCUAAAUCACCCUUCGAUUGGAGGAUUUUUGACACACUGUGGAUGGAAUUCAACGAUUGAGAGUUUAUCCGCUGGAGUGCCUAUGCUGUGUUGGCCAUUCUUUGCAGACCAACAAACGAAUUGCAGAUAUAGUUGCAGAGAAUGGGGGGUGGGAAUGGAGAUUGAGAGUGACGUAAACAGAGAUGAUAUAGAAAAGCUUUUGAGAGAGCUAAUGGAAGAAGGAGAGAAAGGUAAGAAAAUGAAAGAAAAGGCUAUGGAGUGGAAGAAAUUGGCUCAAGAGGCCGCUGGUCUGAAUGGUUCUUCUUCCAUUAACUUUGAUAGCUCAACGAUUAGCUACUCAGCUCAAGAACGAGAAGAUUGGGAAAUUCAAGAUCAGUUUCUUAUUGGUUGGCUCAAAGGCACCAUUGAUAGAAAGUAAUGCUACUGAUCAUGUGGUGGCUGAUGGUAAUUCCUUACUUUAACAAAUAGCAUAUGAGGGCAACAACAAGUUAAUGGAAAAUAGGCAACACUUGGAUAUUUCUCAUAUUGGUAACACUUCUAUACUCAUUGGUACUACUGUUAUUCAUAUUUUGAAUAUUUUUCUUGUCUCUGGUGUUGCUAAGAACUUACUAAGUGUUCCUAAAUUAACUCAUGACAACAAUUUAACUGUUGAAUUUUAUGGCCUCUUACUGCAUGUUAAAGGACCAUCUAGGGAAACCAUUUCUCCAAUAAGUGUCUAAUAAGAGUAUAUAUAAAUUGUUGUUGUUGCCUUCUUCUAAAUUCUCAUUACCAAUUUCUUUUUAUUGUCAAUCAAGUCCUGUUAAUUCGUUUCACUUCUUUUUCACCUCACACUACUGUUUCUUCUACUCAUACAACAAACUCAACUGAUGCUUUAUCAAGUGUUAGCUCCAAUUAUCAUACUUCAAUUGUUCCACCUAUUUCUGAUUCAGCAACUGUUCCAAUUGUUAAUUGUGAUUCUUUUUCUUGUAAUAGUUACAAUGCAUAUGCUACAUUUGUAUCGAAUUUUCCAUGUUGUCACAAUGGCUUUGUUUCUAUGCGCAAUAAAUUGGCACAUGAAGAAAAUUCUUCUUGUACUUCAUGUGUGUCUUCAUGUACAGAUAAUCAAACUAAAAAGCCUACUUCAUUUCCUUUUCAACAUAAUAUUUUUUUUCUUUGAAUUCCAGCUCUAUCUUUAAUCCUUCAAAUUAGGUUCUUUCUAUUUAUCCUACUAAUGCUACACUAACCAUUUUUGCCACUGCAGAGUCCUGUGUAGAUCUCAAUACAUUACAUAGAAGAAUAGAUCAUCCUUCUAGUGCUAUUUUGACAAAAAUAAUGAGCUUAUGCAAUAUUCUUCUUCUAGACAUUUAACAGAUUUAUGUGAAGCUUGUCCAUAUGGUAAACAACAUUUCAUCAAUUUUCCUUCUUCUCAUCCUCGUGCUUCUGAACCCUUGGAACUUAUUCAUACUAAUAUUUUUGUUCUUCACUAAUGUUUUCUCGUGAAGGUUUUCAUUAGUACAUUUAAUUUCUUGAUGAUUAUACUAGAUAUGUUUGGAUUUAUCCAAUGAAACUGAAAUCUAAAGCUCUGUCUUUGUUAAGUUUCAUACAAUGACUGAAAGAUAUUUUGAUAGCAAGAUUCUUCAACCUUACUGGGAUAGUGAGUAUUGUUCUUUUCUUCCAUAUCUCCAAGUUUUCAAUUUCAUCAUCCAAUCCUUAUCUUCAUGUUCAAAAUGGUCGUGUUGAGAGAAAACACCACCACAUUGUUAAGGUUGGUAUUAGUCUUUUAGCUCAAACUAAUGCCUCUUCUUUAUUGGUGGGGUGUUUUUCGUUGUUCGGUUUAUAUCAUUAAUAGGACUACUACUCAAGCUUUGUAGUAGUCUAUCCUUUAUAAUUUUUUUUUUCCCAAAGCGCAUAUCUAUAAUUUCUUUUGUGUUUUUGGCAGCACAUACUAUCCUUUUUUGAGAUCUCAUAACAGUACUAAAUUUUAGUUUCAUACGCAAAAAUGUGUCUUCUUGGGGUACAAUCCUGACUAUAAAAGUUACAAAUGUCUCAACUCUUUUGGUUGCAUUUAUAUUUCUAGUUGUAUUCAUUUUAAUGAAUUUGAAUUUCCUUUUGAAUAUGAUAUUAAUUUUGUUCAUUUCGUUCUCAAACUAAUUCUUUUAUUUCUUCUUCUUCUCAAUAUGAUUUAAUUUAUACCAUACCUUUGUUUGUUGUUCAUUGUACUAAUACAUCCUCUAUGUUACCAUCUUCAUCUAUAUCUGAUCUUAAUCAUUCCAAUCCAUCUUCCUCUUUUGUGUCCUCUCUUUCAACUAUUAAACUUUAUGUUGAUUUACCCUUGUCUGCACCUAUCACUUUCAUGUCCUCUCCUUCAUGUUUUCAUUCUUCAUCUAUUUGUUCUCAACACACUUUUUCUUAAGCGGUUGUUCAACUAAUUCACUAGAACAUUUCCUUGUCUCUUUUUUACCUCCUCAACCACAUUCUGCACCUCAAUCUACAUCUGUUCAUCCUAUGAUCAUUAGAUCUAAGGUAAGUAUUCAUAAACCUAAAGUCUUUUCAGUCACUAAUCAUCCUUUGUCUCUUGUUCCUUUUUCUUACAUUACUGAAGCUGAAAUUGUUUCUCAAGUUCUUUCUGACCCUCAAUGAUAAGUUGCAAUGAAUAGUGAAUAUACAGCACUCAUGAACAAUAUAAUACUUGGUCGUUGGUUCUUUAUGUUCCUGGUAUGCAUGUAGUAGGCAAUAUAAAUAGUUUUUUAGAACUAGAUAGAAGGCUGAUGGUUUAGUAGAGAGACUUAAAGCUCAUUUGGUAGCAAAGGGAUUCCACCAAACCCUUGGUAUUGAUUAUGCUAAAACCUUUAGUCCAGUAAUCAAAUCAGCAACUAUACAAGUCAUCUUAAUACUUGCUUUAUUAAAUCAUAGGCAAGUUAGACAGCUAGACUUCAAUAAUACCUUUUUGAAUGGAGAUUUGCUUUAAGAUGUUUAUAUCAUACAACCACAAAGCUUUGUUAGUAAAGAAGCUCCUAUUUACGUUUGUAAACUAUCAAAGUCAUUAUAUGGUUUAAAAUAAGCUCCACGUGCUUGGUUUGAUAAAUUGAAGAGUGUUUUACUUGGUUUUGGUUUUAAAAAUUAUCAAGCUGAUACCUCUCUUUUCAUUUUGAAAACUAAAAUUGCUUAUAUUCUCAUAUUGGUUUAUGUUGAUGAUAUUCUUGCCACUAGAAAUAAUUUAGACUUCAUUUAGCAACUCAUACAACAAUUAAAUGUUACUUUCUCAUUGAAAGACUUAAAAGAUUUGCAUUAUUUCUUGGGCAUAAAGGUUACAUGAACAACUAGUGCUAUGAUGUUGAAUCAAUCUAAAUAUACAUUUGAUUUGCCGAAGAAGACAAAGAUGGAUGGUGCCAAGCCUAUAUCUUCUCCUAUGUGUUCUAGUAUCAAACUUUCUUAAUAUGAUAGGGACUUAUUUCUUGAACCGACUAUGUAUAGAAGUAUUGUAGGUGCCUUGCAAUAUUUUUCCAUAACAAAACUAGAUAUCUUAUAUACAGUUAGUACUCUUAGUCAAUUUCUUUAAGCACCAAAGUGGUAUAUUGGAAGGCAUGUAAGUGGGUGCUUCAUUAUCUAAAGGGAACUUUAACAUAUGGUCUUUGUU